ACCCCACCUCCCUCCCCCACCCACCAUGGUGAUGUCAGAAGAAAAUCGCAAGAUGAAAUUAGCCUCGGCUAGGAAAAAGUUAAAAGAAUUUCAACAAAGAAACAGCCCUGCUGCUCCAUCUCGAGUGAGAAGAAGAAAGAAAAGAAACAACAGUAGCCGUGAGACAUCCGCUUCUGAUGGUUGCCAGUCACCAUGCCAUUCAGCAGCAGGUGGUCACAAGGAGGGCCCUGCACCGUGUGCCACCAUGAAAGAUCCAGAGAGCGCACACCAAAUACAAAUAGCCCUGGACUCGAGCUCAGUCACAACCAGUGAACUGAAUAACACCAUCGACUUAUUACCCUCGAGCCGCCCGCCGUGAAGCAGUCCUUGAGCAGCAGGUACAGCAGUUUCUACAGGAGCGGGAACUGCUAAAAGCGCAGGUGGCAGAGGUGACGGAGUGUCUUAAGAAAGCUCAGCCAGAAAGAGACGCUUAUGCUCAACAACUCAAAACACAGAAGGUGCAGUGGCAGCAGAAAAUCCUCACAAUGGCAGGAGAAGUGAGAGCUGACCCUUCAGCCCCCACCUUAGAUAGGUCACUGGAUCUUUCUGGGCAUCUGUAAAAUGAGACUAGUCCAGCCAGGGGUGGUCACAGGACUGGGCUGUGUGGAGCUGGGGGCGGAGAGGGAGAUGGUAGCCUGUCCAGCCACCAGCCCUUCUCCAGGGCCCUUUCCCGUUG